GUUUGUCAAGGCUUAAUGUGUUCUUAUUUGGUUUCAGUAUAUAAGAAGAGUCUUGGAGAUGACAUUAGUUCUGAAACAUCUGGAGAUUUCCGGAAGGCUCUGUUGACUUUGGCAGAUGGCAGAAGAGAUGAGAGUCUGAAAGUGGAUGGGCAGCUGGCCAAAAAGGAUGCCCAGAUUCUCUAUAAUGCUGGGGAGAACAGAUGGGGCACAGAUGAAGAUAAAUUCACCGAGAUCCUGUGUUUAAGGAGUUUUCCUCAACUGAAACUGACAUUUGACGAAUACAGAAAUAUUAGCCAGAAGGACAUUGAGGACAGCAUAAAAGGAGAAUUGUCUGGGCAUUUUGAAGACCUACUUCUGGCCAUAGUUCACUGUGCCAGAAACAUGCCUGCCUUUUUAGCUGAAAGACUGUAUCAGGCUUUAAAGGGUGCUGGAACCGACGAGUUUACUCUGAACCGAAUAAUGGUGUCCAGAUCAGAAAUAGACCUUCUGGACAUUCGAGCAGAGUUUAAGAAGCAUCAUGGCUAUUCCCUAUAUUCGGCAAUUAAAUCGGAUACUUCUGGAGACUAUGAAAUCACACUCUUAAAGAUCUGUGGAGGAGAUGACUGAGUCAAGAACAUAAUCUCCAAAGGUCGCUGCGCCCAUGAUGGGCCUUUCCAACAGCUCUGCUUACUCCUUUCUCAGAGUAUUUAAAAUUACAAGCAAGUGUAAACAGCAAACUGUUUUCCUAACAGACAUUUUCAUCAUUCCAUAAUAACAACAAAAAGUGAUUAUAGUAGAGCACCUCAGCAUCAUGUAGUAAUUCAUAACUGAAACUUUUAAAUGGUAUGAAGGAUCUGCUAAUACAAGUUAUUUUUCUGCUCAGGAAGUGAGAAUCUUUGUAAAAUUCUAACACAUUAAAUGUGUAAUCAGUCAAUAAAAGUUGUUGCCUUUGUGAAA